UAUCGACUAUCCCUUUCAAUAAUUACUGUCAUCAGCGUCAAAUCAAAUGUCACUCUAUCAAUCUUUCAAAUAAACUGUCAAGUGUUGGCAGAAAUAAUUAAAAGUUUUGUUGUUUUCAGGUUUGAUUUUUUAGACUAGUUGACUUAAGCUCGAAAUAAGCAUUAUGGAUCAUUCCUUAACAAAUUUUGAACUUACAGAAAGUACUGUUAAAGUAGAAACAAGCUCAGAUAAUGGAUCUGGCUCGGAUAAAAGUGACCCUAUGGAAAUGAUUGGUUAUGGUGAUGUGGAAUCAUCAAGUAACAAAUCCGAUGAUGAUUUUGAUAACAAUUUACCCCAAACUGUUACGUUAUUGAAGCAUGAAAAGACUGGUGCCAAAGUUUAUUUAAUCGGAACAGCUCAUUUCAGCAAAGAAUCACAGGAAGAUGUUGUAAAGGUUAUUACAAAUGUUACUCCAAAUAUUGUGAUAUUGGAACUAUGCAGCUCAAGAAUCAAUAUUCUAUCUUUGGAUGAAGAAACAGUUUUAAGAGAAGCUAAGAAUAUUGAUAUGCAAAAAAUUAUGUCUACCAUUAGAUCUAAUGGGGUCUAUAAUGGUUUGAUGUACUUGCUUUUGCUCAAUAUGAGUGCCCACUUAACCGAAGAAAUUGGAAUGGCACCUGGAGGCGAAUUCAGAGUUGCUUUCAAAGAAGCUUCAAAAAUUCCCAAUUGUGGUAUCCAUCUGGGUGAUCGCCCUAUUAAUAUCACUUUGCAAAGAGCACUUGCAAGACUUUCAUGGUUUCAAACUGUUAAACUAGCUUGGCAUCUCUUAACUUCAAAGGAACCUGUCAGCAUCGAAGAGAUUGAGAAAUGUAAAAACAGGGAUAUGCUGGAACAACUUUUAGCUGAUUUAGCUGGUGAAUAUCCAGCUUUUCGUGAAGUUUUCCUAGAUGAAAGGGAUAUUUUUUUAACUAAUUCUCUACAGGCAGCUGCUCUUUCCAAGUUGAAAUCCAGGGGAUCAGAUGGACAUGCAGAAAACCCCAACGAGCCUCUCCGCAUCGUAGGUGUGGUAGGAAUUGGUCAUGUACCUGGCAUCAUAAAACUCUGGCCACAUAGCCAAGAGAAAUUUGUCAAAUCCAUUAUUACUAUUCCUCCCCCAUCUGUUACUUCAAAAGUCAUAAAAUACUCAUUCAAAUUGUCAAUUUUGAUUUUUGGAGGUUAUCUUAUCUAUAGGUACAUACCAGUCCCCAGAUCUUUUAGAGAGAAUGUUCAUACUUUCGCUCAUAAAUUAAUGUCUGGGGUUAGAGCUGAAUCUUCGUUCAGGUUCAGUUUAAACUAAUUUUAACUAUUGGGGCUAAGGAAAUAAGUAUCAAAAUUGUGAAUAUUUGUAAAAGGGAUGUGAAUAGAAAUGUAUGCAAUGUAUCUCUAGCUAUUGACCAACAUUUGAAUAAUUGGAAAUAAAAUGAUGAGUUUUUUAAAGUUUUGAAGAGGAAAUAGGAAAAGAAGAAGCAGGCUCAAACAAAUAUAUUUCAUAUAUUUCAAUCAUUCUUUGAAUGUUUUUAAGGAAAAGUUUUUAGGAAUGUAUUCUUUAAUAGGACAUUGUCCUUGGAUUAUUUGAAAAUUUCCAAGGACAUAGAGAAUUCAGAAGUUAUAGAGACAAUUUUUUAAUCAUCAUACUUUGAAACAAAACUCAAAAAUGAUCUGCCCAUUACUAUAAGGAUAAAAGAGAGUAUCAAAUAAAUUCUUUUCUCCAUAUAACUUUUUAAAUAUUUUUUUAAUGCUAUUUAUGUAACCCGUUUUCUAAUUAUUUUUUUGACAGCAUUUUCAGUAAUUGUCUCAGGUUUUUAUUUUCGAACCAUAUGGUAUUGAAUGUUAGAAGGCAAGUUUUUGAAUUUAACAGAAAAUUGAUGAUGCUGAUGGAUUGUUUCAACCAAUAGAAAUGCGCUAACAUUCCACAUGGACCCAUAGAUGAAUCCAUUGGAUUAAUAGAAACGGUUUUAUAUGUCGUGGUGUGAUUUGAUCAAAGCAAUCACACUGCAUAAACUGCAUCGUAUGUCUUUGGAUCUACUGUAAUAUUCAGACUGAUCUAGAAAAUUCUUCAAAAUCAAAC